AUGGUGAAGACGGGCCCGGGUACAAGCGGGGCUCAAGGCACCGUGUUGGGGCUCACUCCCCUUGUCUUUUACCUGACGUGGCUAGUGCUCCUCGGUUUCCACAGCGCAUGUAUUCUCUAUCUCGUCGUAAUGGCGGUAACGUACUUCGCAAUGACAACAACUGAGAACGCCUCCUACGCUCCAAUAUGGUCCGACACGGGUUUCAAACACUUCAAAGCUUUCGGUGCCAUUUACUUGGCCAUCGCCGCGCUGCACGUGCUUCAAGUUCUCCGCAUCUUCUACCUGUCAAUCCGAAACAAGCGACUGGUGCUCCACUGCGAACGUUCAAAUUCGUAUUGCAAUGACGAGUGCAAGUCUGGUUUCUGCUACUUCGAUGUGGUCUUUGCUGUUCGUGAACUGGUGGUUUUGGGGUGUCUGUCUUACCAAGCAUACCAGUCAAGCAAGUUGGUACCGCGCGUGGAGCUCAACAACCUCAACGCAGCAGUUCUGAUCGUCGCGUGCUGGUUGACCCCGCUGAUCCAGAUCCUCCUCCGUAAAUCGAUUGCUCAUAGUCGUGCUACUUCGCUUCUCAGCAGCUUUAUAUUGUGCACCUUCCUGGCCAAAGUGAUGCAGUCUCUCGUGUACAUUCAAUACAGUGAUGUCUUCAGUAUGGACAAGGUGACCUUCGCUACAAAAAUGAUUUACGAUCCGACCUUCCUGGCUGUACUGACACCCGAGAACAGGAUGAUGUUUGCUACUACUGUGGGGGACUUUGUUUCUAAGUUCCUACCUCUUCUUGGCAGUUUUGUGUCCCUAGUGAUGCUGGAAGGAGUCAUUUCUCGUCGAGGCGAGAAGGUCACCCCAGACAUUUGUGCCGAUGCCAGUGCAAAAAUUGAUCCAAGUGUGAAUGUCACUGUGGAGACGUUAGAUACGCCGGAAGGAACCUCAGAGCCUGCUCGACUGGAAACUGGGACGUCUACGAAAGCUCUGGGAGAGUCUCGCACUGCAGAAAAUGCCUCAAAUGCAACGGCGAAUCACUCGAUCUGUACCUGGGUGUUCACCUUGGUCAAGUUUUCUUGCCUUGUAUGGGGCAUUCUUGUGCUUGCCUUCCACCUCAAGGCUCAAUCCCAGCACAAGACAAUGCCAACUGGCUGUUUCAAGACUACCCGUCCAUGGUUCAGCUCCAAAGUCUCGUGUCUGGCUUUCGUAUUCAACUGUGUCGAUCAAGCCGCCAUGUCCCCUACCAACGAAGCCUUCGAGGCUUUAAACUUGGACCCGGAUCUGCUGGGCAGUCUAAACUUCGUCAACUGCCCUGCUCUCAUGGUUCCGAGUGUCAUCCAGACCUUCCCCCAGCUUCAUAGCGUACAGAUCUUCAACACUGCACUGUAUUCCUGGGGUGCCAAUGCCGCGCUCACUCAGGAAUUCCACCCACGACUCAAGAGUAUUGUGCUCAUCAGUGUCAAAAUGACAGCAUUCCCCGAAGGUCUCUUGGGAGUUCUUCCUUACUCACUGGUUAACCUCCAAUUCUUCGCUACAUUGCUACCGUCGUUGCCCAGUGAUCUCGGUACCAAAUGGGGUGGUGCCGAUCGACCCUUAAUCGGACGUGUUGGCUUCGAGUACGGCAUUCUCAGUCCUGCUACUGUCCCGGCCGAGACGUUCCAACUCCCCGUGAAAUCUUUGUCGCUCGCUGGCAACUUUUUCCUUUUCCAGAUCCCGACGUUGGCUGUAGUGACAAACACGUUCUUGCCUCAACUCACUCUGGACGGUGCUCCGUUGAUGGCGUUACCUCCUACUAUCGAUUCGACCUUCACGAUUGGAGACUUGAGCAUGGAAGGCACCAAGGUGGCGGUGUUGCCGGACUGGACGAAAUCUCAAGUUCUGUCGCCAAUGCACUUGUACGGAUCGGCAUUUUGUCUAACAUCCACGGACGCGCAGAAGGCCCAGGCGAACGGAAUCUGCAAUACAAGUCGAUGGGGAACUACGCUACCAAAGUCGCCAAUUGAACGCAUGGAAGACGUGUACGGGAAGGCAGCCGCCUGA